UAAAGCUCGCAACUCCAGCUAUCAGUCGCGUUUCAACGUUGCUGUUGGGAGGACGUGUUGUUGGAACACUUCGACGCAGCUCCAUGUGCUGCACACGUUUUUAAGUGCGUGUUUUCGUGAACUUUUUUCUGUUGCUGAUUGUUGGGAUUACCAUUGACUGAAAGGGGAUUACCAAGAUGAUGAAACACGUGCAGCUUUCUCCUUAUAGGAGUAGAGCUGACACUGUGUCUCUAAGUUCCACGACAUCCUAUGGAAGUCUCAGCCCUGAACCUCUAGGAAGUCGCUCUUCGAGUUACUCAUCACUCAAUGACUCUUCUUCUGGAAAUUUACAGACAACUAUAAAAGUUUACGCCAAAUGCUUACGACCGGAUAUCGAAUACAAGACCCUCAGCAUCACUUUCCAAACGACAUGCAAAGAAGUAGUAGCAACACUUUUGGGCAAAUAUAAAAUGAAACACCGAGACCCUAAACUUUUCUAUCUCAGUAUGGAAGUUACGGUUCGUAAAGCUGGAGUUCGAACACAUCUGGCUUUAGAUGAGGAAGCGAGACCUGCGGUGUUACAAAGUUGCCACCCAAGAGGCGAUUCGAAAUUUUCCCUUCAGACUCGACGCGGCGGUCUGGUAAAAGUUCACGAUUCGGUCCUCAACAGUAACUCACAAUAUAAAAGUCUAUUAAUAAGUGCUAGGACAACAGUAGAUGAAUUGAUAGCUCUUCUUUUGAAUUGUUACAACAGCAAAGAACGUGUGGAACAAUUCUCUUUGUACGAAGUCAACACUGAUAAGGAACAACAAAGAAAAUUACAUCCGGAUGAUAGGCCCUUGCAGGUGCAGCAAACUUGGUUACCGUCACACAAAUGCCAUUUCCUAGUCAGAAGAAACCCCGACUAUUUGCCUCUCUCGCGAAGAAAAAUUUUCUGGGUGUCUGACUUGCCACCGUUACCUCAAUCCAGGCUUUUCCAGUCAGCGACUCAAUUAACCCAAAUUUCUAAAUCACAGAACUCUUUGGUUCCAACAAACACAAAAGAAGAGACCAAAACUAAAACAGCUCAACUUAAAUCGAGUAAAGAGUACGUCAGUAGGAACAAAAACAGCGAUUUGAAAGUUUUCGGAAGUAGUUCACAAAUCUCACAAAACGGAAGCAAUUCGUAUGCGGAUUAUGAGAAUUAUUUCUAUAUUUAAAAAGUUGUUUUUGUUUUUGUAAAUAAUGUGUGACGUCUAGUUUGUUUUUGGAUGUGAUAGAUGCAGCCUAAAAUUAAUUAUAACCAAAGAUUUCUAGAGUCUUUUUUUAAAUUUCGUCUUUUUUAAAUUUUGUUCGUCUUGAAACAAAUGUUUAUGAACGUAGCCUCUAGACUAUUUGGAGAAGUAGUUUUAUAAUCAUUGUAGUUGUCUGUUUUCUAUUUAUUGUUUAAUAGAUUAAUAAUUGUGUAACGACUUUUCUCUUUAUGUGUGUAAUUAAACUAAAUGAUAUCUAUUCUUAUGUCUGAUGUGUUUAUCCAAAGACUAGAAUUAAAAAGAAAUUAAGAAAAAUGUAAUUGUAUAACUAACUGUGCAAUGUGUAUAUAAAAAUACCAAAGAAUCACUUUGUAAAUACCUUUGUAUGUAUUUUAGUUUAAGAUUUAGACUAUUUUGAAUAAAGGAUAGUAAAGA